CUCUACAUGUGCACGAAAACCGAUUUUGAAAAUAUUGCUUCGUUAUUUAAUAAAAAAUAAAAAACCGAAAAAAUGAAAAAAUGCUUCUAGUUUCGCCUUAAUGUUUCGCAGAAACUGCUCGCUUAUCUUUUACUGGUUACCACUAAUCGGUCCUCAUUUUAUCCUGUUUCCUGACUUCUGUUUGCCACCGUGUAAGGCACUGGAUGUAUCAAGACGAUCUAUCCAUGCGUUCCACUUUUUAUUGGCCCUGUCAGACCCUUUUUGUGUUGAUAAGUUUAACUUGAGUCAUACAAACCUGUUUUUCAAUUAUCAUGUGGCAUGCUUCUUGAGUUUGUCACUAAUGCAUCUACAUUACGUUUCCGUAAUGCAUGUUGAAAGCAUGCAACGUUCCAUUUCUUGUUCGGGGCAACCCCACUACAGCCAGAUUUUAUUCUACCUUUGUUGUUGUUGUCUAUUGCAAUACUGCAAAGAACGUUCUUAGUGGAGAUGAUGGGAUGUUCUGAUAAAGUAAAGAGAAGGUAGUUCCGGACUUGCCUCCGUUAGGAUACCCUGCUGAGUUACGAUACGAGUGAUAUCAGUAAUCUCACGCUCCCAUAUUCAUCCUAUUCGAAAACAAGCGAUUACGAUUGAUUCCUUUCUUUUUGUUUUCAUGCGUGCUCACUUCCAACAAAAAUACAAAAAUUAGAAACAAACAGUGCUUCAAUCCUUCGUUUUUCGUAUGAUGAAAAUGGGAGCCACAUGCUUAAUAAGGGAACCAAUGCCCUAUAAUCCAGUUGUGAGACCACCAUGCACGAGUUAUAUAACGGAGGCAUCUGUUGAUGAAGGCUUGAAGCCGCUCAGUGUUCUCCACUGAUACAUACCAGGAUUCACUUGCGUACAGCAGCCGAAAAGUCACAUUUAAUUUGUAUAUUCGGUUUUCAAUGUAUCGACUUUGAUUAUUUUUCGAGAUAUUUCGUAAAUGCCCAAAAACUGAUCUUGGAUAUGAACGUUAAACUUUCUUCUACUUCUGCAUACAAUAUGUAUUACAAUGUAAUAUUUAAUUAUUUUGAAAUUUGAUAUAGGAAUUAAAUAUUAUGGUAUAUUCGUCGUAGAGCGCUACCGACUGAAAUUCUUUAUAACCGGGAAAGCUUUUCGGGGAAGUAGUCACCAAACACAAUCAUACGAUUGAAUAUUUAAUUGUAGAAUUCCCUGGAGAAACGUCGGAUAAAGAGCGAUAUUUAGUCGUUUGAUUGCAUUCGGUGACUGCGAAGCCGAAAAACUUCCCCGGUAAUUCGUCAACACUCAUGAAGCGCUUUUGUCCGAUUACUCAUGAAACAAUUCCACUGUGCUGUGGCAGUGGAACGGUUGUACUAGGCAAAUCACAUGCGAUUGAAUUAUUAAAUGUGCAGACUUCUGCGGUCAUCCUACUUCUUCCAUAAUCGCAAAAUGUAGGGCUCGUGGAUGCUUCUAGACGUUCUGACCAAGGACAAAGGGCAUCGUAUGAUUUCCGUGUCAGCAUUUUUGUAAGAACCGUCCCAACUGGAACAAGUGCAUUAUCGCUGUUCAUAUUUUGUACUUCUGUAUUGAUGUGUGCUGCUCACGUAGUUACUUCCAAAUUAACCAGUGCAGGGGUGGUCGUCGCUCGUUCCUGAAUGACACUCUAAUCUACCGUCGAUCAACGCUGCCGAUUGCUGAUUAGAUUCAACGCGUGGACAUCCCACAUUACCAUUGCACGGAAGAUUAUCAUGAGAUGAUGCACAGCUGAGUGGUUACGCUGGACGGCUGGCAAGACGCGAACGGGCUCCUGAGAAUUGCUUUUUAAUUCUCAGUUUGCAUACGCUGCGACUCGAGUGCGGAAGGCGUUUCUAACGUUUGUGUUGACUCUAAGACGCCGAAGGAGCAGAGAUUGCUUGAAGAAAUAAUGCUAACUGUCUAUUAAACGGUGACUGGAGGGCUGUGUAGCCGGUGUGAUUCUGGGAUAAACGAUAGUUCCGUGUCAAUGUUCUGAUCUGAGGUGUGUUUUGUUGCACGUGAAGUAAGAAAAUUCCACGAUUCGUUACGAGGAGUGCCGUGUAGAUUACAGGAUUCGAAAAAAGUGCCUUGAGAUUAAUCACGUUUUGAAUGCAGCAGUAACAAGACACGAGAGUCGAUCGGUUAGCUCCAGGAUAUAUUUCGCUACCAGUCAUGGAUAUCACGUUCGAUAACAUCAACUACACCGUUUCGGUGGGCAAGAAAGAUAAGAAAACUGUGCUGAAUGGCGUUUCUGGGAAGUUCAACUCCGGCGAGCUGACGGCAAUCAUGGGUCCCUCGGGAGCUGGCAAAUCCUCGCUGCUGAACAUACUCACCGGAUUCACGACGAGUGGCGUCAAAGGUUCACUCAACAUUGGUCGCACCGGCGUUGGAGGCAACAAAUUGUGCAGCUAUAUCCUGCAGGAAGAUAAUCUGCAUCCGUAUUUCACCGUCCAGGAGAUAAUGAUGAUGGCGUGUGAUUUGAAAAUAUCGUCACGAUGCUUGCAGGGCGGCGAGAAGCAACGAUUGAUUGACAACAUACUCGACACUCUCCAUCUGAAGUUCACCAAACUGACGCGCUGCGGAAAUCUCUCCGGUGGACAGAAGAAGCGACUAUCAAUCGCGUUGGAGCUUAUCGAUAAUCCGCCAGUGCUCUUCCUGGACGAACCAACGACUGGUCUGGAUAGUUCCUCGUCACUGUACACCAUCAAGCUGCUGCAGGGACUGGCCCGGGAGGGCCGAACAAUAGUUUGCACCAUCCAUCAACCGUCGGCCACCGUGUUCGAGAUGUUCGAUCAUGUGUACGUGCUGGCCGAAGGACACUGCGUCUACCAGGGCUCGGCGCUCAACACGGUUCCCUAUUUGCGCUCCGUCGGCCUGCAGUGUCCGCAGUAUCACAACGCCGCCGAUUAUCUGCUGGAGGUGGCGAACAAAGAGUACGGCAAUUUCAUUAACGUCCUCUCGAAAGCGGCCAUCGAUUGCCACUGGCGGAAACCGGAGUCCUGCAUCGGAACGGCCGCGCUGCCCCAUUAUCUCGCGUAUGACAGAAAUCACAACGGAGCCGCUGCCGGUGUCUAUCACGGGACAACGGUGACGACGAUGACGACGGUGAAGACCGGUGACGUGUGCAGUGCCAAACAGCAGUCCGUGCCGCUUCGAAGGCCGUCCGAAUUCACCAAACUGUUGAUCCUGAUGAGGAGAUGCAACAUUCAGCUGUACCGCGACUGGACUGUGACACAUCUCAAACUAUUCGUCCACGUGGUAUGCGCGAUAGUGGUAGGAUUGCUUUUCGGAGAUUCUGGCAUUAAUGGUACGAAAAGCGUUUCCAACAUUGCAUCGUUUCUGGUGCACAUACUCUAUCUGUGGUAUACAACUCUGAUGCCUGGGGUGCUUAAAUUUCCGUCCGAAAUGAAAAUUCUGAGGAAAGAAUCCUUUAACAAUUGGUACAAAAUCCGCACGUACUUUUUCGCAACCAUGCUCACUUCAUUACCAGUACAGAUUUUCUUCUCGAUAGUCUACAGCACGAUAGUGUUCACCUUGACGUCCCAGCCACUGGAGUACGAUCGGUUCAUGAUGUUCCUAGCGGUCCUGGUACUGACCACCAUUGUUGCCGACGGAUACGGUCUAUUUCUAGGAACGUUUCUGAAUCAAAUUAACGGAACCUUCAUCGGAGCCAUCACCACGUGCUACAUGUUGGUGUUUUGCGGUUUUCUCAUUAUGUUCAGCCAUAUGUCCGAGCUGAUGAAGGCGUUUAGCUAUCUGUCAACGUUGCGGUACGGUCUGGAAGCGCUGGUGCUCGCCAUGUACGACAACGGCCGGACCAAUAUGGUUUGCCCGGAGGAGGAACUGUACUGUCACUAUGUGAAAGCAUCCACCAUUUUGAAGGAUCUCGGUAUGACACCCCAGAACUACAUCUUUAACGUGGUUAUGCUGGCGGUGCAAUUCAUUGCCAUCAAGGUCAUAGGAUUUUGGUCUCUUAAGCGAAAACUGCGGAGCAAUUGAUUGCUUCUUUUAUUUAGUAAACAUAACUGCUAAGUUCUUGCCAAACAAAACUAGCGUAAGAUGACAUUUUUUGUACAGAUAUUGAAGGUAUUUUUAGGACAAAGGUUUUGGCCGUCGAAAUGCUGGGAAAGAGGCAGUAGACACGUAAUAGUGAUGUAUUUCACAGAGCAACAGGUGAUCCGCUGAUAAGUUUGCUUAGAGAUACAUUGCACAAAGAAUUUAAUUUUAGUCAAACAAUAAACAGUACAAGGAAUAGCGUUGUGACAAAUGGAAAACAAGUGCACUUACUUACUUUUUUAGUAAAUUAUAAAUAUCUCUAAGUUGAGAAUGUGAUAAUGGCAGUUGAAUGUACUUUACAAGCCUUAAGAUAAAGAUAUACAAAAAGAUUUUUGCACAA